AGAGGGGAGGGAGAGGGGGAACAGAUAGACAGAUAGAUAGAUAGACAAGAUAGUUAGACCAUGGAUAAACCCCCCUCUCCCUACGAGCUUUGCAGCCAAGGAAAUCAUGAAGGAUGUGAGCGAGUAGUCAUCAAUGUGUCGGGACUGCGUUUCGAGACCCAACUCAAGACUCUCGGCCAGUUCCCGGACAGCUUGUUGGGAGAUCCUCACAGGAGAAUCCGCUACUUCGACCCCCUGAGGAACGAGUACUUCUUCGACAGGAACCGCCCCAGCUUCGACGCCAUCCUCUACUACUACCAGAGCGGGGGCCGGCUGAAGAGGCCGUCCACCAUCCCCCUCGACGUCUUCAUGGAAGAGCUGAGGUUCUACGAGUUGGGCGACGACACCAUCACCAGGUUUCGCGAAGACGAGGGCUUCACCAAAGAGGAGGAACGGCCCCUGCCAGACAAUGAGUUCCAGAGGCAGAUUUGGCUGCUGUUUGAGUACCCGGAGAGUUCAGCCCCGGCCAGGAUCGUGGCUCUCAUCUCGGUCCUUGUCAUCCUCAUCUCCAUCGUCAUCUUCUGCCUGGAGACCCUGCAGUUUAAGGAGGAGAAGGACGCUAUAUUGCCCGUGUACACCAAUCGAGGGAACAACACUCAUGAGUCGAGCAGUCAAAGUGCCUUCCAAGACCCUUUCUUCAUGGUUGAGACGAUGUGCAUUUGUUGGUUCAGCUUCGAGCUCCUGCUCAGGCUGAUAGUUUGCCCCAGCAAGCCCGCCUUCUUCAAGGACAUCAUGAACAUCAUUGACUUUGUGGCCAUUAUUCCCUACUUUGUGGCCCUGGGCACCGAGUUUGCCAGGCAGCGUGGGGUAGCACAGCCGGCCAUGUCCCUUGCCAUCCUCAGGGUCAUCCGUCUCGUGAGGGUCUUUAGGAUCUUCAAGCUAUCCCGGCACUCCACAGGACUGCAGAUCCUGGGUCAGACCCUCAAAGCCAGCAUGAGGGAGCUGGGGCUCCUUAUCUUCUUCCUCUUCAUCGGAGUCAUCCUCUUCUCGAGCUCCGUCUACUUUGCCGAGGCGGAUGAUGCCAACACACUCUUCACCAGUAUCCCCGAGGCCUUCUGGUGGGCAGUUGUCACCAUGACCACUGUGGGGUAUGGAGACAUGUCGCCCAUCACGCUGGGAGGCAAAAUCGUGGGCUCUCUCUGCGCCAUUGCUGGAGUCCUCACCAUCUCCUUGCCCGUACCUGUGAUUGUUUCCAACUUUAGCUACUUCUACCACAGGGAGAUCGAGAGCCAGGAUAACUUCCAAUUUACUCACGUGGUGACUUGCCCCUACCUCCCUCCUGCCAACACCCAAUUGCAAGCGCUGACAGAGAAGAGUACGGAGAUGGACGAGGACCUUAUCGACCACCUUUGUGACCCGAUUCAGAACGAUAUCUUGGAUGGGUUUUGCACCAAUGACAAUGGACAGCUACAGAACAGAAAGCCCUUAACCACCCAAGUCUGACAUCAGCCUCGUUGCCCGUCCAGUCUCCUUGAAAGAAACGUCAAUGCAAAGCACCAAUGCACCACCACUCAACUGCUCUUACUCCAGGGCAAAGGGGGAAACCCUACAACGCUUAAUUCCAAGAGUGUUGGGACUUCAUUGCCUUUCAGUCUUCGCACCCGAACCUGUGCUUAUCUGAACGAGAGGAAGGCAAACCUCUCAUACUUAAAAUCCCGAUUGAUCUACUUGCUGAGGUUUGGGAAGGGGAGAGGUGUGGGGGGGGAGAGAGGGAGCAGUUACAGCGUUAACUGUUUAAUAUCUCCAAAGCGCAAACGACUCGGGACGUUACACGUUCGAUGGUUGAAGCGUUCAGAGAAGCAAAGGAAUCAAUCGCCCCCGUUUCUUACCGCCCGUCGGAUUUUCGGAGAUGAACCGGUUUCUGUUUUUAUUUAUUUUUUAAAAAAUUGUACAGUCCCGCAGGUUGAACAGUGCAUGGGUGUUUUACUGCUAUUUAUUUCCUUCAGCUCGAUUCGGAACAAAAAAAAAAGGACUCGGCAGUCUCUUGCCAGUGAGUAAUGUUUAUCAUUCUAACUUGCAUCAAACAGCAUGUAAAAAAAAAUCAAUGGCUGUGCGUUCUGUCAGAAGAAUGAUUCUCAACUUUCAAUUAAAAACAGAGUAAAGUAGA